AUGAGCAAAAUAAUUGGCUCUGAUGAAGAAGCAAGUCUGCGACAAGAGAUUAUAUCCCAAUGUACAUGGAGUGAAUCUUAUAAUUCAUUAAAACAUAUUCUUCAACGUACAGCUAAUCAAUUGCCAUUGCUCAUAUCAUUUUUUCAUAACAAUAAUAAUCAACAAACAACAAAUGAUAAUAAUCAAACAAUAUUUUUCUUUCAUCGAAAUGUUUCAAAUAAACUUUUAUUCGCACCACUUCAACAACUUGAAGAUCAAUCGGGAAAAUUGGAUGUUUAUCCUCAAUAUUGUACUUUUGCUAUGCCAGAUUUGUUCAAAGGAUUAUUUGAAUUCGUUCUUGAUGGUCAACGUCGUGGUCGAGUUUUUACAACUCUCGAACAGUUGAGCAGUUUUGCAUCGAGUUUUAACCAUUCUAUUGUAUUUAUGUCGCGUGAUCAAGCUGUAGGCUACUUGAAUGAUGCAAAUCUUUCACAUUGGCCAAGUAAAACAUAUCCACAAGGUGCUAUUUUUCGAGCUGAACGUAUUCAUCGUUCAUCAACAUCAUCUAAUAAUGGUCAUCAAACAACUAAUGAUUAUCUUGAAUGUGUAGAUGAAGACGGAUAUAUUGCUUUUCUAAAAAUGAACCAGACGGGUCGUUAUUCUUUAAUAGCAACUUCAGUUGAACAACAAGAACAUCAACCAGAAAUCUAUCUUCAUUCAUCUCAAACAGCUAAUAUUGACCAAUUGAUAAAACGUGUAACAUUAUAUCACGAUGGAAAGAAUUACAGCAAUUGUAUUCGUCUUGUACGUGGCUCAGUGCCACAUGAUUUUCUUUGUCAAUAUCUUUAUUUUAUUCGUCAACAUACAUAUGAUAUGCUUGUUGGUCUAACACAAGAAGGUCUUGUCAUUGAAUGGAAUUUAGAAAGUCAUGUACCAUGUCGAUAUGCAACCAAUUUAACUGAUAUACUUGAUAGCAUAUCUGAUACAGUUAUAGAACAAACGCUUCAAUCUUGUAUAGAUCAAGCACGAAUACAUUAUAAAGAUAAUUUUCAAUAUAAUAUUCAAUUAGUAUCGAGUCAAGAUUGGACAGCAUUUUUUCAAUAUUGGAAAUGGACAAGAAAGAAUCGUCGUAAGCAUCAAAAUGAAAACAAUUUAACAUAUCAAAGUCGUCAUCGAUUUCAUCUUGUUGCUUCUAUUCAGGAUCUUUCCGAUAAUGUUCAAGACCUUUCUUCAGCAUUUAAAAAGUAUCACAACGUUUCUCAUGCAUCAUCUUCAUUGAAAGAAAAUGAUUCUACUCAAAAUGAAAAUGUAUUUUCACCUAAACAUCGUUCACUAUUGUCUCAAAUGUCAAAACUUAUUCUAUCACCAUCAGGCCAUCGACGUCAUCAUUUGAAUCGAUCAUCGAGACAAACUCUACAUCCAUCAAGUUUUAUUCUACCAAACGGUACUACACCAUUUGAUGAUAGUAUAUAUGAAUCGAAUAAAAUGCAUCACUCAUCAUCGAAAGACACGUAA